CGGGUUACCACGAUCUUGUCGCAGCGCAUGCCCACCAAUCCGUGCUUCCCUCUGACAUGCAAUCUACGCCUCACCAGGAUCAGGCGUUGAAUCUUAACGACGGCAGUCUUCCGUUACCGGAUUCUCUUUUGCAGGACAAUCUGACUUACAAGGGCCACCAUACGUUUGAGAACGUGUCGCUGGAGGAACCAAUAAGUGCCUUUGGUAGUACGCACAAUGGUCAACUAUGUGGCUCUGCUGACAAUGUGCUGUUUGAUCACCCUAUCACAAAUGGCCGAGAAACGAUGGCAGCUGCUGCUUCCGCAGAAAAGAGCAAGUCUGUUCUUCCAUAUUCGUGUAAUGUCUGUCCUCCCUACACAGCGGUGUUCCAGACCGGUGCCGAACUUCUUGAUCAUGUCAGAAGUCAUCCUAAGACGCCGGAGACGAACACUCGGCCGUUCAGGUGUGCUCUGCCUGGCUGUGAGCGAACAUACAAAAACGUGAAUGGUCUCAAAUAUCAUAUCGAGGUCGCGUCUGGGUCCUUUGGACACGCGCCAUCGCCCGCAGGCGGCAAGAAGAAGGAAACUACAAUGGAGAAGGAUCGGCCAUAUAUUUGCCAAGUGCCGGGUUGUGGAAAGGCUUAUGCAAACUCGAAUGGGCUGGUGUACCAUGAGAAACAUUUCGAUCACGGGAGGUUUGUCUUGAGAAGCACUGGGAGCCCUAUGGAUAGCGAGAUGAGCGCAGACACGGAGAGAUGAUGUGAGCCUAUGUGAGACUGUGACGAUGAUGAAACAACGAAUAUGGCUAUGUCGCCUGCAGAAAACGAACGGCCAGCGGCUGAUCUGGUCAGGGUAGAAUGAGAUGAAGCAUGGCAAUGUUGCUAUUGCAUAUCCCUGGUCAGUCCGCUUCGCAGUUUAUGAAGCCCCUGGGAUGGCAAUAACGACCGGCUCGUCAAGGACGCUGCUGCCACGGAGCAAAUGCGCAAGGCAGAACCCAGGUAGCUUGAGAACUUUUGAAAUAGAAGAAAUGAACAUCCAGC